AUGUCAGCAACCACUAAUUGGACCACUUCCAAGAAUGAUUUGCUCAAAUGGAUAAAUGAAACAUUUAAAGUACUUAUUUAAUAGAAUCUAUAAGUUAACCAUUACUUAAUUAGAAGCACUUGGUACAGGUUGCAUAUUUUGUUAAAUUUUUGAAUACUUAUACCCUAAUUCCAUUUAAUCAAAUAAAGUGGUUUGGAAGGCAAAUACUGAGGUGGAAUUCAUCAAAAACUUUAAGACUCUAGCUGAGGCUUUUACAAAACUUAGUAUUUCAAAGUCUUUCGAUGUAAAUUUUACUUCAAAUUCUAGAUUCAAAAUUUAUCAAAAGCAAGAUACUAAGACCUGUUAGAUCUCGCAAUAUUUUUCAAAACAAAAUUCGAUAAAUAGGCAGAGAAGAGAAUUGGAUAUGAUCCCUUAGAAUUUAGAAAAGGGGAAGAAAAAAAAAUAAUAAUUACUCAGAACAGGAAGCCUGUUUCUGCACUUAAAGAUAAAACUAAUCUUGAAGACUCCAAGGUUUCACCCCAAUCUGUAUUAGUGAAAAGAUCAUCUUCAAAGGCUUAAAAUCAGAGAAGAAAAAACGAGAGUACUGACCUAACCAAAACGCCUCAAUUGUCAUCAAUAACAGAAAUAGUUAAUAACACAGAAGAUGAUGAAGCCACAAAAGUUAAAAAAAUAAAACAAUUGUUUAUCUGA